AUGGCCGCUCAAGUCACUCCCUCAAAGCAGGCUGCUUCCUCCCUCGAGGACCUCAAGAUGAGCGAUUCGCCUAUUAAGAAGCUCGACUUCCAGUCGGCUGGCAAGGAGGACGCGCCUGCGUCUCUCAAGGCUGUCGACGCCUCCAUUGAGAAGCCCACCGAGAAGGCUCUCGCGCCCAAGCCUCUCACCAUCAAGGAGAUAGAAGCCUCAGAGCCCCUCCUCCAAGAGAACCCCCACCGUUUCGUCAUGUUCCCUAUCAAGUACCACGAGAUCUGGCAAAUGUACAAGAAGGCCGAAGCCUCUUUCUGGACUGCCGAGGAGAUUGAUCUCUCCAAGGAUCUUCACGACUGGCACAACCGCCUGAACGACGAUGAGCGUUACUUCAUCUCCCACGUCCUGGCUUUCUUCGCCGCCUCCGAUGGCAUUGUCAACGAGAACCUUGUCGAGCGUUUCAGUUCCGAGGUCCAGAUCCCCGAGGCCCGUUGCUUCUACGGCUUCCAGAUCAUGAUGGAGAACAUCCACUCCGAAACCUACUCCCUGCUCAUCGACACUUACAUCAAGGAGCCCAAGCAGCGUACCUACCUUUUCGAUGCCAUUGACACCAUUCCCUGCAUUGCCAAGAAGGCCAACUGGGCCCUCAAGUGGAUCAACGACCGUGAGUCAACCUUCGCUUCGCGUCUGGUUGCCUUCGCCGCUGUCGAGGGUAUCUUCUUCUCUGGCUCAUUCGCCUCCAUCUUCUGGCUCAAGAAGCGUGGCCUGAUGCCUGGUCUCACUUUCUCCAACGAGCUGAUCUCUCGUGAUGAGGGUCUCCACACUGACUUCGCUUGUCUGCUGUUCUCCCACAUGAACCACCGCCCCGACCCCAAGAUGGUUGAGGCUAUCAUUGUCGAGGCCGUCGGCAUCGAGCAGGAGUUCCUGACUGACGCUCUUCCCUGUGGUCUGCUUGGCAUGAAUUCCAAGCUGAUGUGCGAGUACAUCGAGUUCGUCGCUGACCGCCUGCUGGUGGCCCUCGGCAACAAGAAGUACUACAACGCUACCAACCCCUUCGACUUCAUGGAGUCCAUCUCCCUGGCUGGCAAGACCAACUUCUUCGAGAAGCGUGUCGGUGACUACCAGAAGGCUGGUGUCAUGGCCAGCACCAAGCAGGAGGUCAACGCUGAGGGUGAGAAGGUCGUAAGCGAUGGUCUCAACUUCGAUGAGGACUUCUAG